CUCUCUCUCUCUCUCUCUCUCUUCUUCCUUAAAAUUUACGCUAAUUUGAAUAAUCUUUUGAGGUUGUGGAUUGAGAAAGCUUCUGUGAGGUCUUUCUGUACAUUUUAAGAUUCAUCAGCCAUACUGAGGAACUCUGUGUUGAAGUGUUAAGAAGGUUUGCAGUUUAGAAGAACACUUCUAGACGAUUGCAGGUCCUAGAGCUUCUCAGCGGUGCAAUCUGGAUGCUACUAUAGUUUGGUUUCCAUAAAUUCACAUUCUCAGUAGUCCUUGUUUUGUUAGUUAUUUUCAUCUCAACCCGACCAAGAAGCAUACAAUGUCCUACGACGAUGUGGAGAUUGAGGACAUGGAAUGGAAUGAAGAGCUUCAGUCUUACACAUAUCCAUGCCCAUGCGGCGACCUCUUCCAGAUAACAAAAGAUGACCUCCGAAUGGGUGAAGACAUUGCCCGGUGCCCAAGUUGUUCCCUUUACAUAACGGUCAUUUACAAUCAGGAUGAUUUCAUGGAUAAGAAGGAUACGACUGGUUUGGAGAAGCCAAAACAAGCAGCAGUGGUUGUUGCUUAGAGAUUCGGUUCAGGGCAUUGAGAUUCAUUUUACCUGUUGUUGCGGUUGUUGCGGAAAGAAGAAAAUAAGAAAGAGCUUUGCUAAUACGUUUUGUGAGACAUAAAAGACCAUAUGCAUUUCUACUAUUGAGGCGAUAAGAGGGAUUUUUCAUCCAUUUGAGU